AUGUCCGACGCUCUCAGCGCCGAACUCACCUACAUCCGCGACCAGGUCCUGCUCAUCCGCAAACAGCCACACGCGGACUUCAGCAUCUUCGGCCGCGCCUUGCUCAACCACCUCGCGCGCGGCCUCCAUUUGUGCAGGCUCGUGGCGGAUAACGCGCAGAAGGUGCUGGAGUUUUGUAGUAGCAAAGAGAGAGAGGGUCUGCUACAUGAGAUUGAGCGGUCGACUCUGGUGGGUAUCGUUGAGCGGAGGCCGAGAGUGGAGAAGAGCUUUGAUGUGGUUAUCACCGGUAUCAUUCGCUACAUAUUAUACGAUGCCGUAACCAGGAGGCCUGCAUCUGAUGUUGUCGUCGCCACGCGAAUGUGUCUUCCGGGACAUUACGAUGGACCAGCGCGCGGAGAACCAGAGCCGUUCUGGAACGUGCUCGAGGAGGAAACUGUCAGCAGCAUAGCUAAAUCCUACGCAAUAUUCUUUCGUCGCAGGAUGGACUGGAUGGAACGGGAUGCGAACCUAUCACCCGACGACCCUGCGUGUGGCCCUGCGUUGCAAAGGCUAGAGAAAAUUGGCGAAGACUUUCUCGCAUUGAAAGAUAAGGAUCAUGAUGGGCCGUAUGAUCCCGAAGAAGCGCUGUGGGAGGCGAUUGAGAAUACGUUGCUGGAGCGUAUGAAGCGCGUCCCGAAAGAUGUCAAAAAGGUUGAGGCUAUCCAUCAAGCUGUAUUAGAACAACUACGAGACGAAUGA